GAAAACAAAUAUCACACAAAAAAACAUAUCCCUAAAAUGAUUAAAUCAAUCUUCUUCACCAUUACUUUUGUCUUCCUUAUCUCCCUCCCCACCCUAUCCCGCUCCCAACGCUGCAACAAAGAUGACGAAAAAGUCCUCUUCAAAAUCAAGAAAUCCUUCGGAAAUCCCUACCAUUUGGCCUCUUGGCAGAAGACUUUAGAUUGCUGUCAAUGGUACAAUGUGGAAUGCGAUGCAAACACCAGCCGUAUCAUCUCCCUCACCAUCUUCUCCGGCAACAUCUCCGGCCAAAUCCCAGAUGAAGUCGGCGAUCUCCCCUAUCUCCAAACCUUGGUGUUACGAAAACUCACUAACCUCACCGGAGAAAUCCCCUCGGCCAUUACUAAACUCACCCACCUCACCAUGCUCAGACUUAGCUGGACUAAUCUAUCAGGUCCCGUCCCUUCGUUCCUUAGCAAACUCACAAACUUAAAUUUCCUCGAUUUGGCAUUCAAUGAUCUCACCGGUUCUAUCCCGCCGGAGCUUUCAACGCUUAAGAACUUAAACGCCAUACACCUGGACAGGAAUAAACUCACCGGAGUCAUCCCUGAAUCAUUUGGGACAUUCACCGGAAACGUCCCUGACCUUUACCUGUCACAUAACCAGCUCACCGGAACAAUACCCAAAUCAUUAGGCUACUUAAAUUUCUCGACGAUCGAUUUUUCAAGAAACCAACUCACAGGUGACAUAAGCAUGUUUUUUGGAACAAACAAGACGAUUCAAACAGCUGACUUUUCGAGGAACAGCUUCGAGUUUAACAUCUCGGAGGUAGUGUUUCCUGCUAGCUUGACGUCGUUGGAUCUGAAUCACAACAAGAUUUAUGGGAGUCUUCCGGCGAUGUUAACGGGAUUAAAUUUUCAGUACUUUAACGUGAGUUACAAUAGGAUGUGUGGACAGAUACCUCAAGGUGGUGACUUGCAGACGUUUGAAAACACGUCGUAUUUUCAUAACCGAUGCUUGUGUGGAUCGCCGUUGCCGGCAUGCACCUGAAGCUAAAUCGACUCCGGCCGACAAGUGUGGAGCUCUUGCUCUUCCAUCAACCUUAAAUGGUUGGGUGUAAUAUGAAUAUCUUGCGAAGACAAGGGACUCGAUCGCAAAAUAAUUAAAGAGCGCCGCAUUUAUUGACAAGGGACCGAAUCCAUGUUUCCCCGCGUUAAGAAUAGAUGGAAUUCCACGAUUGCUAUUUAUUUUUAUUAAUUAUUAUGUAUACGACAGAUAAGUGAUAUCCCCGUUUCUGCUCAUAAAUGUUUCAUUGUGUUUGUUUGAAUAAAAAAAAAAAAAAGGGAAAAUGACUUAUUAAGGUAACUAAUUAUUUCAAUUGUCCAUAUAUAGGUAAUGUUCUU